AUUUUCUUCACACUUGCAUUAAGACUGUCAACGCGCACCACCUCCAUCAAAUUGGUAGUGAAAAGUACAGCGCGCCACCAUCAAUAGUAAAUUUAGUAAAAAAAAAUUAUUUUCAGCUGAUUUUAAACUAAAUAGUCAAUUUUAGACAAAUAUGUAGAUUGUGGAAUGAAGCCGUAUCUCUUCAACUUACGGCAGCCAGAACAUAUUGCUUUAGAUUGUGCUCAAAUAAAAUAUAACUAUUAUUGACAUAUGCAUGCAUGUUGAUUUUCUAGAUGUAUUGACCGAAUUUCACAUUGCAUUGGAGUCUAAUAUGCGUCGUAUUCCAGUGUGAAAAUUAUCGUAGUGAAGAGCGAAUAAAAUAUAGAAGAUCUUCAAUGUCAUUCAUAUACGAAUUAAAAUAAUUUAAAAAGCCUUACGAGGUCGCAUAUUCUAUAAAUUUGUAACUAUUAUAAAAAAGACUAAAGCGGACAUCGAGUUGCAUAGUUUGAUUAUUCAAUAUUUAUCUUCUGUAAAAAAAAAAAAUAUCGAAGUGAACAAAAAACCGAAGACUAGAGACAUAACAGCUGGUUUUGUUUACCAAGUUAGCUCUUUAUAUCCAAAAUGGCAAUCAUUGAACAUUUUUUGAAACUACAAAAAAGGGUCACAAACUUCGGGGUAAUGCUAGGCGGUAGUACGGAUCGUCUAUGCACACCGAGCACGUCAGCUGGCCCAUUUCGCAUUUUUGCCGUCACUGGUUUCCAAAAUCGGGCAAAUGAUAUUGUCUACUGUCCACCUAUUCGACCAACCGCCAGUGAAAAUGCAGAGGACUCGACGGCCGUUAUUUACUUUGGCGGUGACGUACAGGACUUUCCGGAGAGCAUGGAAACAAAUCGAGACAGUCGAGGCUAUAUGAAAUACAAUCUAGAGAACUCUGCUAUACUUUUGCGCGAGGCUUUUCCUCGUGCACACAUCAUUGUCAUCCGGCCUGUGAGAAUGGAAUUCAAAACCUUCAGUUGUUUUGACAAUUUCGUGCGUGGUAAUAAUGCUGGCGUACCCGAUCAUACACCUAUGAACCAUGCUUUGCAACAUUUAGAAAAAUUGCUACAAAAUCUCUCUCAACGACUGAUCUCCAUACCCGAAAAUGAAAUAAUGGAUCAGGCGGCGCAAGCAGCCGCUGCUGCUGCAGCUGUAGCUGCUGCCGCUGCAUUAGUAUCUUCUACACUCUCCACUGCUUCGACUGAUACGUCCACCACCUCAUCUACAUUGAAUGAUAACAAUCAAGAUAUGGAUAUUGAUAUUUUGCAAGUUCAGGAGAAUGUGACCGUUGAUGCUGACGGUGCUGUAAUAUUUCCAAAUGUUGGCGGUUCUGGCGUUAGUGGAAGCAAUAAUAGCGGAAGCAUCUCUGCAACGACAAAUAAUGCUACUAAUAGCAAUGCAUCGACAUCAACGACAACUUCCCAUGGUACACAACAGUCUCCUUUACAAGCAAACACACAUCAAACACAAACAAAUAACGCACAACAUUACAAUAAUAUUGGUGGUAAUACUAACAACAGCGGUGAGGGUUUAACUCAAGUACAGCAGCAACAACAACAACAGUCGCAACAGCACACCCGUCAAAACAGCAACCCCUUAUGGUGGCGAGAGAAUUUGAAUUUGGACAAAGCUAAAUUGGUUUUAAUUGGGUUUAGCAAAGGAUGUGUGGUCCUCAAUCAAUUUAUAUACGAAUUUCACUACCUAAAAACUCUUACGCCUGAUGACAGCACAAUGAUGCGUUUGCUUUCACGCAUUAAGGACAUUUACUGGUUGGAUGGUGGUCACGGUGGACAAAAGAAUACAUGGAUUACAUCCAGAAGCCUAUUAGAAACUUUAACUCGAAUGGGAAUGAAUAUUCAUGUUCAUCUUACGCCAUAUCAAGUGCAGGAUGAUCGCCGGCCAUGGAUCAGAAAAGAGGAAAAAAUCUUUACAGAUAUGCUGCGACGUCUAGGCGCACCGAUCACGCGCCAUUUGCACUAUGAUAGCCAAACAGCGAAUUUGAUGACACAUUUUGAGGUGUUACAAGCUUUUUGUCAACACAUUCACACACUAAAUCAGCAACAGCAAAUGCAACAAACAUCAGCACUACAACCAUUACAACAAUCCUCGAGCAACAUUCAAAUUAAUGACCAAUUGCAGCAGCAGCAACAGCAAGCACAGCUAAACAAUUCGAAUCGUACAGACUUGGGUAAGACAAGUUCCAGCGGACCAAAGUGACAUCACCGACGUCGGAAUGUUGGCGGCCGCUUGCACUUGCGUCGAAUAGCUGCUGUCGCUGUACCGACUAGUAGCACCGUUUCGGCAACAACAAUUAUGAAUAUAAUGCCGCAACCACAACAACAACAACAACAACAGUUAGUUCAGCAACAACAACAGCAAUUGAUGCAGCUGCAGAUGCAACACCCACAACAGCAACUACACCAACAAAUAGGAGCAACACCAUCAAAUUUUACUUUUCUUGAUAUAGCAACCACAUCAAUUGUAAAUAAUUAUACGCGACAUUUUUCACAGAACAACACCACCUUACCAACUACAGCAACAUCAGCAACUGCUGCUGUUACAGCUAUACAAAAUAAUCGCCAACGCCAAAAAACGCCGAAUUUGCAAAGAAUUCGACCACGACCGAAUCAACGACAUCAUCAUCAGCAGAGAGGGCAGCCAACAAAAAUUCAUCACUAUUCACGUACAAAAGGUAGGCUUCUGCAACAUCAAACUUGUCGUUGAAUCCAUGGGGAAGCAGGAAAAAAUCAUACAACAUGCAUACAUACAUACAUAAUCACAUAUGUGUUUAGGAAUAAAUUAGCAUGCAUAAUGUAUAUAUGUAUACAUGCCUGCGUACAUUUUUACAUACGUAUCAGUACACUAACUUCUUAUAUCAUCUUACCCUUGAAGUUUUUGCUGGUACGAAAAAAAUGAUAAAAUUUAAUUGUAAUUUGCAAAUUGUCAUAAUUUCGUAAUAAAACAUUUAUAUAUAUAUAUAUAUUUGUAUAUUUAAAUAUUAUGUGAAAGCCAAAAGUGAAGCAAGGUUUUUUAUAUUCCUUAAAUAUGUGGGCUCAUGAAGUUCGCAAGAAAUUUAAUUUCAGUAAAAAUCAUAGCUUUCUUAAGACACCAGGAUAUACAUAUGUAUAUGUGUAUGUAUGCUGGGUUUAUUUUCUUGCCUUGCCUUCUUGGCGUAAGAAAACUUAGUAAUGGAAUAUUUAAAUUUAAUAUCUUAGUAUAACAUAAUUUAAGUAUUGCAACAAAUCAAAGAUAAUUUGGUGCACAAUAAAUUUAAGUAUUAGCUCUAUUUUAUAGAUAGGAUGCUAUAUAUUUUUACUUAAAAUUCCUACAUUUAAUGACUUUGAUAAAAGUUUCGCUGGCAAAUUUUUUUAUACAAAAACAACCAUACAUUAAUCACCAUAACGCUAACCAGUGCAAUCCUCUUAGACAUUUAUAUUUUUUUAUUAUAAUUUACUUUUAUUUAUACUGCUCUAAUUUAGAAUUCCUGUUUUAAGAUAAUUUACUUAUUAUGCAUAAAAUUUGGCGAAUAUCUUUUUAUAUAAAAUAAACCAAAAAUGUCUUUUUUCAUAUUUGGCCGUAUGUAUUAUUUGUCAAUGUCAAAAUAUUUGGAGAUACUAAAAUUAUUUACUUUCAGCUAAAGGGAUAGUUAUUAAAAACUGAAUUCGCAUUCAACAGUAUAUAUACUGAGAUUUAAUUUUAUUAACACAUCACUUUUUGGUAUCUUUGUCGUUUCUAAAGUAGAGAUAAAACUUCAUAGAAGUAUCUUACAGCUUUUUUUUGCAUCGUACCAUUUUUAAGCAAUACAUGACAAACAUUGAUGAACAUAGAUAUUUUAUGCAAAAUUAAUUAAGUCAAACUUUAAUAGUUUGUAUAUCACUAAUGCGAGUAAUCCGAAUUUCAAUCAAAAAGUUAAAAUAAUAAGUUGGUUGAAGCUGAAGGCAGAUUAAUACCAAAAGCUAGGCCCAUAUAAGUAUUAUUUUUCAAAGUGAAUUUUUAUUUACGAAAAAUUGUUGUCACAGCCUGAAUGCCUGCACUCCUACGAAUCUGUGUGUGACCGUCUGCCAGAAAUAACGCUAAAAAAUUUAAUUGAAUUACCAUACUUUAGAAAAGAACAAUUCAAUUUUUACUGUAAUUCAGUGCAGUAGCGGGAUAUUGGGUACACUUUUGUUUACAGUUAUUUCUGUACGCACUGACACACAUCAUAAAGCUUGCAUGCAAGUUAUGAAAAAUUAUAAAAAAAA